UGCGCAUGCCCCGUGCCCCGCCACCGCCAUGGCCGACGUCGGCGAGCCCCCUCCCUCGCUCUGCCCGUUAUGCGGCCACCCCGCACCCUUCUCCGUUUCCCCGGCGGCGUCUGCGGCGUCGGCCAACGCGUCCCCCGCGAGGCUGCCGCUGAAGCGGAGGACACCACCCGUACCCGAGGCGCCACCCGCGGUGGUGCGGGUGGAGAUCGGGGACGAGGCCGCGGCGCUGCGCGAGGCGUUGGCGCGGCAGCAAGCCGCGCUCGCCGACGUCCAGGCGGAGCUCGACGCGGAGCGCGGGGCCGCGGCCGGCGCCGCCAGCGAGGCCAUGACCAUGAUCCUCCGCCUGCAGCGCGAGAAGGCCGAGGCCAUGAUGGAGGCGCGCCAGUUCCGGCGCUACGCCGAGGAGAAGAUGGCCCACGACGCCGCCGAGCUCGCGGCCCUCGAGGAGGCGCUCUCCAAGCGCGAGGCCGCCGGGACGCGGGCGCUCCAGGGCCAGACUCCCCGCCACCCUGGCGGCGUCGCGCUGUCGACGGGGGGCUCCACCCCGCGCCGCCCCUCCGCCACGCCGCGCCACCCGCCCUCCUCGCCGUCCCCCGUGGCCUCGUCCGGAGGCGGAGGGUACUACCCGCCUCUGCGGUGCUGCAUCGACCACCCGCCCACCGCGUCGGAGGCAGACGCGCUCGAGACCCCGCGGGAUCAGCUCACCCGCCUCGCCCACCGCGUCCACCUCCUGGAGCGCGGCGCGACCCCGAUGGCCGCCGCCAACACCACGCCCAUCAUACGCGUCGCGCCGGGAUCCGCGUUCCCGCGCCAAGCGCGCGCCUACUCCGACGACAGCCUCGACCUGUACGACGGCGACUGCUUCCCGGACGACGAUUGCGGCGCCAGCGACCGGGUAUACACCGUGGACGCCAUCCACGGGGCACCCCUGGCGGUUCCUGAGGGCGGCUCCUACGGCGGCGGUGGCACGCCGAUGGGGAGCGACUGCGGCUACGGCGGCGCUCCGUGGACGGAAGACGAGGAGGUGCGGCGCCUCAGCGCGCGGAUGCAGGCGUUGGAGGCGGACCGUGAGUCGAUGAGGCAGGCCAUCAUCUCCAUGGGGACCGAGAAGGCGCAGGUCACGCUGCUCAAGGAGAUCGCGCAGAAGCUCUGCAAGGAGGCGGCGGCACCACCCGUUCCUGCGGCAGUGGCGCAGCAGAGCUUCUACAAAGGGGGCAACACGCAGCCGGCCAUGACCGUCACUGUGCGACCACCACGGCACCCGCCGGUGCUUAUGCAAAGGAAGGUGGUGCAGAGGCAGCCAUCACUCUUUGCUGCAGUGGUCAAGUGGGUUACAUCAAUCAUGUGGUGGCGAAAGAAAUCAUCCCGCGUCAAGUACCCGAUUGGGCAGUGCGGCAACAAUGUGGGGCUGCUUCUGCUGCUCGAUAAGGCUCCCAGGGCAGGCCCAGGACAGGGGCAUCAGAGGCCUCCCAAGAAAAUCUAAUCUAACCACCAAACCAAAUCUAAUCUACUCAUCAGUGUGUGGUGAUGUAGCUUUCACAUAUGGAAACCAUUUUUUCAGAUUUCGUGUCAACAUUUUCGUUGCAUCUUGCUCGCUCGGACAUGGACAUUGUUUGCACCAUACAGUAUAUAUGAGUGUGUGUUGAUUGCUUGUACAGUGUAGGAUACCACUUGACUUGAGCGUUGUACAUUGUGUUCAUGGGAGUUAUUUAAUCGCCAGAAAAGUUGACUCAGAAUGCCUCGUGGAAUUGACGUUCAUGGCAAGUCAUUGCAGAAUA